CGGCCAUUUGUUUCACUCUCAUCUCGGGUGGCUUGCAGUUAAUCAAUCAGCUGCCAACCGUUACUAUAAUCAAUUAUUGCCAGCCCACUGUUGCAGGACGCACCACACGCACCGUCCUGUAACUACUCAGCCCAGUACACCUACUCAUACUUAGCAACCUGCCUGGCCUCUCUCUUCCGCUUCCGUCUCCUUCCCCUCUUCAUCGACCUCCGAGUAUUACCCUUUUGGGAACUCCAACCAAGUGAACGACCACUUUUUCUCUCGCUUCGAUCCCCUGAACCUUCGUUUCUUCCACUCCAACUUCAAAAAAACAUUCCACUCGAUCAAUAAAGACGUUGAAAUAUCCAACUGAGGCGCCAUGGCGUUGUCAACUCGCCUGCUCCAACUGCUUCUCCUAUCCCUGAUCGCCUUAUCUGCGAUUGCAGCCCCGGCCGCCGAUCAGUCCGAAUCCGACACCCCGUCGGUCGCCGACAGCAUCGAAGAGACCUCCCUCCACAAGGCUCUGCAUCUGUUCCAGAGGUUCAGCCACGGCAUCUUCCAGUCUGACGAGGAAGCUGCCGCAGCUCUCCAGCAGGAUGAUUCGUCGUUGGCGGACCACUUGAACCUGGUCAAGCGAGCGGAUGGCAACUCGACGGCUGCGGUAGAGACGACGAGCCAGGCCUCGGAGCCGGCAGCGACCACUUCUGCCGCCGCGGCAGCGACCACCGCUUCGCAGGCUGAGAGUUCCACCAGCAGUGCGCAACAACAGCCCACCACUACUGCUGCGGAAACUACCGCCGCUCCUACGACCACUGCUGCCCGCACGACCGCUGCGAGACCUACGACUAGCUCUAGCAGCAGUGAGUCCAGCUCUAGCAGCAGUGAGUCGAGCUCUAGUAGCACUAGUACCACGAUCCCCACCGUCGCGGCCACUACUACUACUACUACUACUACCUCUACUUCUGCUACUUCCACUACCACUAGUACCACUUCAUCCAGCUCACAUACUACCGCAGCUCACACGACCUCCACCACCUCAACAACAUCCACCACCUCGACCUCCUCCUCGUCCUCCACUUCAUCCAAAUCCACAUCCGCCACCUCGACCUCCACCUCAACCUCCACCACCCUCGAGACCACCACCUCCACCUCCACUACUUCAACCAAGGACUCCCAAACCACAGACGACAGCUCUACCACCAGCGCCAAGACCACUCCCUACACCUCCACCUACAAGAUGACCACCACGCUGCCCAACGGCCAGCAGAGCACCGUCACUGCCAUCACCGUCAUCCACCCGACCGAGACCGCCCACGAGGUCGCCACCGGCACCCGCGGAUCCCCGAGUCUGCAGACCGACAACGGUGCCGCGACCGCGCACGGUCUGGGCCGGGAGCUAUUCGUGAUGGUCGGUGGAGCGGCCGUGGUGGCUAUGGCUUUGUAAAGAUGAACAACUCCCAAACCAUCCGAAUACUAUUUUUUUUUUCUCCCAGCAAAUGCAUUUUCCGGCGUUUUUUUGUUUCCCUGCUAGCUUUUCAGCUGCCCCCAUGAUACCUCUCACCAUGUUACGAUCCUUUUGAUGCAAAACAACACACGUGAAUGUGAACGUGAACGUGAAUCUGGCAAAGCAUACAUUACUUGUUCAUUUAGCUCGGCGUAUUCCCACAUUUUGUCUCUCCUUUAGCGCAUUCUGAUUUUUUUCUAAACAUCUGGGGUGGGGAGGAGAGGAGGGUUGAGGGGGUGGAUGGAUGGAUGUUGUUCAAAGCAUGUGCAUACUCUAGACAGGUUGUCUUCGAUCAUUGACCCCCGGGAGUUGCAAAAGUGACUCCUGGAUCACGGAUCAUUCGGACAUAAUUUGAGACUGUUUUGUUCUCUCA